ACACAGCGACAGCCAUUGUGCUUCCACACCACCAAGCACGUCGCUGUCUGGCCGCCAGAAAAGUGACAAAAAAGACGAUCAGAAGACCUCAAUCGUUUUUGUCACCCCGGAAAUAACAUUUCUGGGUCUUUUGUGCCAUCGACAGUGACCAGUGUAUCCCCGUGCAUCGUCACCCAACACAACUACUGAAGCUGGGAAAUUAUUUCUUUGUUUUACGGUACAGGGGGAGAGGGACAAGUGUUGGGGACAACGAGGAACGCGAUCGAAGCCCCUCGGGACAAGGAAAACCCACCACAUUUUUCUCACUGUGCCACACCGUUAAAAUCGACAAAUCAUGGCUGAUGAAAUCGUGAACAUGGAGACUAGUGACGAUGUUGUCAUCAUGGAUUCAUCAGACAUCACUUCAGCAACUGAACAAGCAGAACUACAAAUAGAGGAAGCAAAGAAGUAUUACGAAGAGAAGCUAUACAAAUCAGCACUAGCGUCAUACACGAAUGCAAUAGAACUUUGUCCCAACGUUGCAAAAUACUAUGGAAAUCGAGCAGCAUGUUAUAUGAUGCUAGAUCAAUUUCAAGACGCAGUGGUAGACGCAAGAAAAUCAAUAGAAAUCGAUCCGGAUUUUCUGAAGGGAUACACUAGAGUGGUCAGGUGUUGUUUGAAACUGGGAGGAAUAGUGGAAGCCGAGACAACAUUAAAUAAACUGACACAAAUAGAUCCAACAAUGGGAAAACAAGCUACCGCAGAGUCCACUGACUUGCAAUACGUCAAACGGUUUCUACAGGAAGCUGAUGUUGCUCUUGCGAUAAAGGACUACCGUAAAGUCGUAUAUUGCAUGGAUCGAUGCUGCGAUGUGAGCAAAUACUGUGCGCGGUUCAAAUUGAUGAAAGCGGAAUGUCUGGCGAAUCUGGGGAGGUACCAGGAAGCCCAGGAAAUAGCAAAUGAUAUACUACAUGUGGAUAGAUCAAACAUGGAUGCGACGUAUGUGAGAGGAGUUUGUUUGUAUUAUCAGGAUAAUAUAGACAGAGCUUUCGCCCAUUUCCAGGAGGUACUGCGACUCGCUCCAGAUCACACCAAGGCAUUAGAUAUUUACAAGAAAGCAAAACAAUUGAAGCAAAAAAAAGAAGAUGGAAAAACAGCGUUCAAAGUAGGUCGUUAUCAGGAGGCUUACAAUUUCUACACAGAAGCUCUAGCUGUGGAUCCCCUGAACAAACUUGCCAAUACUAAGCUCCACUACAAUCGAGCAUUGACAGCUGCCAAGUUGGGACGACUCAACGAGUCAAUAUCAGAAUGCACUGAGGCCCUGAACACCGAUGAAAAUUAUUUGAAGGCCAUUCUUAAACGUGGAUCAUGUUACAUGGAGCUUCAGGACUAUGAGGAAGCUGUCAAGGAUUUUGAGAGGGCCUGCAGAAUCAACAAAUCACGAGAGAAUCGACGAUUGUUGAUGGAGGCAAAGGAGGCACUGAAAAGAUCACAGAGAAAAGAUUACUACAAGAUACUGGGCGUCGAUAAAGCAGCUUCCAUCGAGGACAUCAAGAAGGCGUACAGAAAAAGGGCUUUAGUCCAUCAUCCUGACAGACAUUCGAGUGCCUCCGUUACAGAGAAAAAGGAGCAGGAGAAAAAAUUCAUUGAAAUUGGGGAAGCUUACACUAUUCUUUCAGAUCCAAAAAAAAGAUCGAGAUAUGACAGAGGAGGGAGUAUGGAGGAAUUUGAAAAUGGUUUUGAUCCUUCUGCUUUCAGUUCUGAUUCAAUGUUCAAGGCCUUCUUCACGUCGUCAGAUGGUACAAGAUUUGGAUGGAGCGAAGGGCACAAUCCAUUUCCGUUUUGAUACAGCCAAUUCAAGGGAAUGAAAUACAAACUGAGGGCUCAGAGAUAUUACACGUCUCGAUUAAAUUCAAAUUUUUGGAGGAUUUGAGGGGAAAAUUUGGUGGAUUUUUGAAGGGUUUGGGAAGUGAAUUGAAGGAGAUGGUCUAUCAGGAUUCACUUAAGCCGAUAAAUGACAAUUUGUGUUCUAUCGAUGAAAACGUAAGCGUAGGGUAGUGAAGGGCCAGGUAACUUAUCAUCAGAGUAAAUAUUUCAAUUCGGUUAUUUUGUAGGUUGAUAUGAUUAUUUUGGAAAAUACAAAUUUUUAGGCUCUUGGUACGGUCGUUAUUGAGACCAUGAGAAUUAGUUUUUCCAAAAAUAAAAGAUUCACUCUAGAAAAUAAUGGAAUUGGAAAUUUUACUCUGAUGGUAAGUCGUCUGGCCACUUAAUCAGAGCAUGUAAAUACAGCGAAGUGGUAGAGGGGGGAAAGUGUCAUUAGUUUUUGGGGUUGAUAAUGAGGAAUGUCUGGUCAUCAAGAAUUUCGUGGGGAUGAAUUUAUAAUUCGUAAUGUAGUUGUCAUUUUUAAAAUAAAUUUUAUGGUUUUUCUGGAAAUUAUUUCAAACCUGCGAUAAAGAAAAUUUGUGGUCGAUUUGGAUUAAUGAGAUUCUAUUUUUUGAUUGAAAGAAAAAUCUUGAUAAUCGAAAGCUCGAGAACUUGAAAAUUUCAGUCUGUUGUCCUCUAGUUAUUGAAAAUUAAGGACGAUCUUUGUCAUUUACAUUCCCAGUUGUAAUUCACUGCACGAAAUUUUUUCAAACUGAUUUCCAAUCACUUUUGAUGGAUUUUUUAAUCGCCUGGAGGAUCAAUAGUUUGAGGAGAUACCGAAGGACUUUGUUGACUCAUUACAAUCUGAGAGUAAGAAAUUCAGGGAAAUUGGGGAAUUUAAUUGGAGAACUGGGAAUUCUACCACUUCGCUAUCGAAUAAAAUUGAAAAAUCAUGGAAUACACUUUAUCGUAAGCUAUUUCCAGGACAACUUAAUACCAAUUUCGAGUAGAGAAGUCAGAUUAACAGAAAUAGUUGUUGAUAACUAUCUAAAAAACAUUCAUAAUAAUUUCUGUCUAAACAUUUGGACUCUGGAACUCAAACAGUCGAAUAAUUUUGUUUCACUGAUCUGUUGACUGAGUUCUGUUGCAAAAUAGUUUUAGAUAUUGAGUUGAGCGAAUGAGUUUGAAUGAGAUAUUGCGGAUCUUAAGGAAGAAAAAAGGUCGAAUCAUGUUCAGUAAAUCGUUUAGUUUGUUUUAUAAUAAUAGUAUUGCAAUCUGGAACGACCAGGGGACGAGAAAUGUUAUAAUUUAAUAUGCCACGGGGAGUUGGAGAUACCCGAGUAAUUAAUAAUUAUUUUAAAACGUUAAUUUGAACAUCUGACUUGUUAUUGAGAGUGUUGAAUCGCAGGGAUGUAUCGUAUCGAUAAUACAAAUAUCACUCAACAAUGACGAUUAUUCUAUGAUAGUAUGUAAUGUAAUCGACUGUAUAUUCAAUUUUCUAUCCCAUUUAGAAUCCUCGUUGUAGUCAAAUCAAAUUCCUUGGACAUGAAAAUUUGACAAAUGCCAUCUGUAGAUUAUUCGAUAUGGAAAUGUCUCCUUUCUCUGAGCCUUAUCGUAUACUCUGCAUAAUGACUGUUAAUUUCCAAUCAAAAAAUUUAUGACCACGUGUCUCCUGGUAUUGGUAGAUAUUCUUGAGGAUUUCUGACCGAAAUUCUAAAAGUCAAAAACAGUUUUUAUACAAUUGUCAGUGGGAAAUGUACCAGGUGAGAUGCGUAGGUUUUGAUUGACGUAAGAUCGACACAAACAUGUAGUUUUCAAUAAAUUAUAUCUAGAAUUA